CUCCGCAUCCAAAGUGUCCUUGGGCACUAAUAGAUCCCUUCUAUAUCAUCUUUUUUUUUUUUUUUUUUGGUUCUUGUUCAUUUAGAUUUUAUUUCAUAGUCAUGUCUAUCCAUUUAUGCUUUUAAAUGACAUUACGUUCAUAUUAUUAUUUACAUUAGACGACUUUAAUUUUGCUCAAAGGUUACUGAAUUUCACUCGGAAGUAAAAUGAGCUAGAGCGCCUCAGUUGAAAGCAGUACGGAACACGACGAAUAUUAGUCGUCAUUGGUACACUAAGGAGAGGAGUACACGUUAACUUCUAAUUUGGGACACCGCGGAUCACAGGAUGUGUGAAAUGUAACACGAACUCCAAGACAGUAACAUUAUGACACGCUGGGCGAGAGCCAAAAAUGUCUAUAAACACAAAUCAACAGAUGCUGCAUCAUGGAGCCAAUUAAGGGCAGGCAUAGCAGAUGGAGGGAACUCUUCAGAUGGCCAUUUGCAGGAUGAUGCAUCACACAGUUAUCUUGAUGGAAAGAGAGCUAACAAAUAUAGACAACUUGAUGUGAAUGGUUUCAUGGAGUAUAUGAAACACAAGAGGCAACAAUUACCUAAAGGAUGUCGAGGAAUGGCCACAGAGGAGCAGGACAUAAGAAAAGUAGUAGCCAUAACUAUAAAAAAAAACAAAAGAAGAGAAAAUCGGAGGAUAAAGAGACAGGAUGCUACAAAGAGCAACAUGGUGUGCUUUAACUGUAGAAAGCCUGGCCAUGGAUUGGCUGACUGCCCAAAAGCUGAUGAGGAAAUGGGUAGAGGGAUCUGCUUUCGCUGUGGUUCUACAGAACAUGAGAUCCAGAGGUGUAGAGCUAAAGUAGAUCCUGCUAUGGGUGACUAUCCAUAUGCCAAAUGCUUCAUUUGUGGGAAGACUGGUCACCUAUCCAAAUCUUGCCCGGAUAACCCAAAAGGACUUUAUGCUGCAGGUGGCUGUUGUCGAAUUUGUGGUUCAGUAGAACACUUCCAGAAGGACUGCCCAGACCAUCAGACCUCAAACAAGGAGCUGAUGAGAAUACACUGACGUCAUGAAACACGGACCUAUAUCGACAUGCAAUAUUGUUGCAGAAAAAAGAUGAGACUAAAAUGUAUUUUGAAAACAAUAAAAACUUUACGAAAGUAUCUCGUUAUUUUAAUCAACAAAAAGAGGAGGCAAAGUAUUAAAUACUGUUUUUUUUCGAACGUGAGUUCCACACAGACAUGCAAGUUCUGCAUUGAAAUGCGAGUUCCACACAUUAGCGUAACGGGGAUAUUCUGAGUGUGUUUGCACAGUAUUGAAUUCCGUGAUUGGCCAUAAUACCUACAGGUUGCAGCCAAUGGGAAAGCUUCUCUAUCAGUGGAACCAUCAGACCACCUCAGGUAAGUUAGGGGUCUUAAGGGAGACAAAAAUCUUAAUAGAAACAGUUACUUUAACAGAUCUGAUAUUGGAACACUUCACUUAAAUAAAUACCAGGAAAUAAAAGCUGAAAUUCCAAGUUCUCUUCUCAUAUUCAUCUUUUGAUCUCAAGUCCAAAUGUCUUCAGUCAACAGCAAAAAUAAUUGAAUUGGCCUUACCGUUCUAACAGUUUCACAGGGGAAUUACUAUAUUGUCAUAAGUAUAUUUGAAUAAGCACAAAUCUAGAAUAACCACUGUACUCAUUGUCAUUGAGGCUUAUUCUCAUUCAUUUUUUUAUUGCACUGACACAGGCUAUCACUCAUUUUUGUUGAUGGUCAAAAAAAGGGAAGAAGAGAGAGAGUUUAAAGGGGAGAAAGACAGUCAGUUGGGCAGGAUGGAAAAAACUAUAUUAAAUUACUUUGGACCACCUGGUAAAAAAGCUAGGAGUGAGAGGGCAGAGGGUCGUGAUAUGGAAGAUAAGGAUGAAUUAUCUGUGUUUGUUUUGUAAUUCAUGUUCCUAUAUUGAUAUUCAAGAAAGCAUAUUGUUUGGAAGAGACAUUAAGUGUAGACUAGAUUAACUGAAAUGUUAAUCAAUGGCUAAAAAUUUCUUCAGUUUUACGUGACUAAAAUGUCACCAGUUUUUGUUGACUGAAACUAGACUAAAAUAAACAGACUUUGCUAAUGCCACUUUUCCACCGCAGGAACUUUCCACAGGAAUUAGGGAGUUUUGGAGGUAUUAGGUGUGUUUCCACUACAGGGAGCAGUGGUUAAUUAAGUUCCAGGUAAAAUAUUUAGCCCUCGCAAAGUCCCUACUUAGAAGGUGGUACUUUUUCAAAAGCCAGGAACAGGGGUGGAACUUGGGCGCUGAACAUGUUGAUUGUUGAGUGCACGUAGCCUUUUUUGUCAACCACCAUUUUUAAGUCUGUUGUGUACAAUAACAGUUGUUUAUUGCGAUUCGAAUCAACACAAUGGAGUUUCUUAAAAAAAUACAAAAAGCUUUAUUUUGGUUUCAUCUGUCCGUAGAUCCUGAUCCCAUUUGAAGUUCAUUGUAGUGUCUGGCAAACUGAAGAUGCUUGACUUUGUUUUUGGAUGAGAGUAGAGCUGUAAGGGUCCACUUACUGGUCCAACGACGGUAUCCUAUGAUGCUGUAGAAGGAUUCCUGCAUGUUUGUCUUUUCAAAGCGAUAUGAAUACAUUUAGAUUAUUCAAUUUGUUAUUCCAAUUCUGUUCGACUCUCUCAAGUUAAAUCUGACUCCAACUGUAAAAACCUCAAUGUCGUAUUUGUUUGCUAGUUAUUUGUAGAUCACAGGUCUGUAGAUACUUUUGAUCUUUUACAUUUGAUUAAUUCUUGUUUAUUCUAUACUUGAAAUUGUGCUCUUUCAUUCGGAUUCCAUCUUGCUCAGAGUCUCGUGCCGGUUGUGUAUGCAGAUCUCACGGUCACAAACUUGCCAGUCUUGGUCAUUAGCCAGAGGUAAUUGACUAAAACUAUUUAGAUGGCUGCCCAUGCUUGCCCUUUUCUAAAAAGUACUUUGUUUAGUCCCCUUAGAUAGUAACACUUAAUUAUAGUAACGUUAUUUCUAGUCAGAGGUCAUGACCACUAAAUUUACAGAGAAAAUGUAAAAUUAGCUUUAUAUAAUCACGCCAUAGUUUUCCUAUGUACACAUUAACUAGAAAAAUAUUACUAUAACCAGAGGUUUAGAUUUCAUCCUAUUUAGACUUGGUCAAUUCACUUUACGUUGUCCUAAGUGGAAAUUUCAUAUCGAGCCUGUACACACUAAGUACACUUAACUUAAAGCCAAGUUGUUAACCUGAACUUUAAAAAUCUCUGUUGGUGUUCAUCAGUGCUCCACCUAAACCUGGAUUUUAGCCUGUACUAACCUAGUCACAGAUUUGUGGUAACAAGGACUUAACGUAAUCUGCUAGAGACAAUAAUUUCAGGAUAUAAUCAAGUCUAAUAAUUUUUCUUAACCAUGUAUGAACACAUCCAAAUCCAAUACUACUAUUAAUAAUAAGAAAGAAUAACAUUCAACAUUACAUUACCUAUCAAAUUCAAAACAUAAUACAAUAUAAGAAAGUCAAAACUUGCAUACCUGGUAGAGAAAAACUACACACAGCAAUCAUGCGGGAGAUCUGUCUACAGAUUCCCUGAAUCUUUGGCUAGGUCUCCCCUAAAUACCCAGAUGCUCUGUGGGUCCACCAAAUGGUGUUGUUUUUGAUUAUAAUUUGAUGUCUGUGGAAGGAUGUACCUUAUUUACGUACAGGAGGUAAGAAUGCGGGACCCCGGGAAGGUAUGCUAAUGAGUCUUAAUUGAUCACAUAUACAUAUGCACAGUGAAAUUCUUUUAUUCGCAUACCCCAACCUAUUAGGAAGUUGGGUUCAGAGCGCAGGAUCAGCCAUGAUACAGCGCCCCUGGAGCAGAGAGGGUUAAGCUUGGCAGUGCUGGUGCUUGAACCCCCGACCUUCUGAUCAGUAACCCAGAGCCUUAACCACCAAGCCACCAUUGCCUUUAACAACAUGCAAUAUUUUUAUUUGAACUGCUGUUGAGGGAAUGAGACCAUAUUUUCAUGUGUAACAUGAAUAGUCAACAUCUUAGUAAGGGUGUGAGGAGAGAGGAUCUCCUAGUCUCCACUCAGCAUGAUGUGCUAAUUUAGAUAGAGAUGCUAAUUUUGUGAGGGAGAGAUAAAUUGUUCAUUCUCGUAGGAGAUCUUUGUCCUUAGAGAGUAGUUCUCUCCAAGUUCAGACACUGUGUACCAGCCUUACAGGCUUUAUUCUUAAAACCCUUCCAAACAACUUGUGGUAACGUAGGUAACUUCGGAUUGUAAUUUUGGAGACUUUCUGACCCCAGGAUACAGCUAACUUCUGCAAUUCUCCAGGUGUGAUCCUUGGAGGUUUUUUGGCUACUCAAACCAUCCUCUUCGCACUGCCUUGAGAAAAUAUAGACACAUAGCUCAUAGCUUGUGCUAUUUUCUUAUAGCCACUUCCCAUUUUGUGAAGCUCAACAACCUUUUGCUGCACAUCACAGCUAUAUUCCUUGGUCUUACCCAUUAUGAAUGAUUAAGGGAAUUUGGCCUAUGUGUUACUUCAUAUUUAUACGCCUGUUAAACAGGAAGUCAUGGUUGAACAAUUUCCUCUUCCUAGUCACCCAGGUGUACUAAAUAAAUGUAAAAUAUCAAUGGGAAUAUACUUAAAAUAUGUAUUUUUCUCAUAUGUAUUCAUAGCGGUGCCAACAAUUGCUGAACACCUAUGUUUAAAGAUUUUUUUUUAACCUGUUUUGUUUAGUUGUUUAUCCAUGAGAGCAGAGUAUUUUUGUGAAUUUUUUUUAACAAAAUAUCAAAAAGUUAAAUAUUAAAGACAAUUUUCAUAGCCUUCUUUUUUUUAAUAAAAUGUGUUUAUUUAUUUGUGUAUAAUUUUAACUUGAUUUCUGAUCAUUCAUGUCUGUAUUUUUAAACUUUAGAAACAAAGUUGUAUUUUAAUGUAUUUUAAAUUUCCUGUC